GCCCAUUAACCGACCAUUGUCCCAUCGUCACCAAGCCUUGGGUCUUCUUUUUCCUGUGCAUGCAGCACUAGUAGACAUUGAUCGCCAAACAUACAACCAACCCAUCUAGCCUACAUAGCUGUUCUUUCGAGAGGCAGCUACUAUCUGCUACCAGUAGUAUCCAAUCUCGCAGUUUCCCGAGCCCACCCACCCCGACGCAGUAAAACAUGGACGCCUCCGGAACCAACCCGCCUAGGGAGCGAAGCUCGUCCACCUCGUCGGCAUCCACCGGCUCCGGCUCUCCCAUCACCCCUCGCCGUAACUCGGCCGGCCUCUUCGCCUCUCUCCAGGAGCAGAAACGAUCCAACGACCCUGCCUCCAUCGCCAGGAGGCAGAGCCUCCACGAGCAGCGACCGCCGCCCGGUUUCAUUGGCAAGCUGUGGAACAACUGGGUUUACGGCCCAUCGCCUCCCAAGUAAACAACAAGAGCAAGCGAGGACCAGCAAUGUCAACCAUGCCGGCCCUGGUUGUCCAUGGAGGGCUCGAACUGGGAGGGGCUAGGAGGAGGGCAAUACAUGACAACCAGUGGCAUGAGGGAUCCUAAAUCAUGUUUUGUGCCACCCAUGUUUGGGUUACAAUAUGCAGGCGGGGGACUCUGAUGAUAUGCGGAGGUGUGCUGAUCCAGGCAUGCCGUACAGUAUCCAGCGUGCCAGCUUCUCGUCUUGGGGUGGGGAAGGCUUGUCGCUGGGCACGCGGCAAUAUGGCAUUUUGAUGAUUUUGAUUUCUUUCUUUGCUUGUCAGAUAAUUAGCAAACACAAUUUGACCACGCCCAAACGCCCAAACGCGCCCACCCGUCCUACACACGAA